UGUCACCGCUGCUUCUGGCUCUGCCUAGCUGAGAAGAUGACUGUGGGGAGGCUUGCGGGAGCCUCCGGAGGCGCGGAGCGGAGCCGUCAGAUAUUUUCCCCCAAAUCCUCCUCAGACACAGAAGCAGAAGAGGAGCUGUCUGGGGAUGGGCUGGGUUUGCCCAGGGCUGGCAAACUGGAUGAGUUCCUCAGCCCAGAGGAGGAGACAAAUUCUACUUCUGAUUCUACUGGGAGCUUUUACGAGACCCUACAGGUACUAAAGCAAAAAGGCAGAUGGUGUCUGUUGGAGUCUCUCUUUCAGUCUGACCCAGACAGUGAUAAGGACCUGUCUGAAGAUGAUGAGGAUCUGGAGAGUUUCUUCCAAGACAAGGGCAGGGGGAAGCCGCAGGUCCAGUACCCUCGGUCUCUGAGGUGUGGCUCCAUGAGGCACUGCAGCUCCCUGAGCAACCUUCCCUCCGACAUUCCCAGAGCUCAGUCCCAGCCCCCCUUAGGCUCCAGGCCUCCCUCUCAGCACAGAAGUGUCAGCUCCUGGGCAUCAUCCAUCACCGUCCCACAGCCAUUCCGCAUGACACUGCGUGAGGCCCAGAAGAAGGCCCAGUGGCUGGCCUCACCUGCCUCCUUUGAGCAGGAGAGGCAGCAGGCCCAGAGGCAGGGCCAGGAGGAGGCCGAGUGUCACCGGCAGUUCCGGGCACAGCCUGUGCCUGCACACGUCUACCUCCCUCUCUAUCAGGAGAUUGUGGAGCGGAGCGAGGCCCGGAGGCAGGCAGGGAUCCAGAAGAGGAAGGAACUGCUCCUCUCUUCCUUGAAGCCCUUCAGCUUCCUGGAGAAGGAGCAGCAGAGAAAGGAAGCUGCUCAACAGAAAGACUUGGCUUCCACAACUAAGGCCAAGUUCCCCAAGAAGAAGGCCACCCAGAGGAUCCCCAAGUCUAUUCUGGAGCCAGCCAUGGGAGAUAAACUCCAGGAAGCUGAGCUCUUCAGGAAAAUUCGUAUCCAGAUGAGGGCCCUGGACAUGCUCCAGAUGGCCUCCUCCCCUAUCAACUCCUCUAACAGCCGGGCUGACCCACAGCCCCGCACAGCCACCCGAACCCAGGAGGAAAAGCUUGGGUUUCUGCAGACUGACUUUGGAUUCCGGCCUCGGGUGAAUCCUGUCGUCCCUGACUAUGAGGGUCUUUACAAGACCUUCCAGAGAAGAGCUGCCAAAAGACGGGAAACUCGAGAGGCAACUCGCAACAAGCCCUUCUUGCUGAGGACUGCCAACCUGCGUCACACCGAGCGGCCCUGUGCUGUCGCCACCUCUGGGGAGAGGAGGAAUUCCCCACAGCCACCAGCUACACCCCUGCCAAGGAGUCGUUCUCUGAAUGGUCUCGCUUCCCUCUCUGUCAACACCCUCCCUGUGCACAUCACUGAUGCAACCAGAAAGAGGGAAUCUGCAGUCAGAAAUUCACUUGAAAAAAGGGAGAAAGCAGAUGAGACUCCUCAGUGGUUGGAGGUGCACAAAAAGAAGUGUCAAGAGAUGUCUAAAUCGGUGACCUUGCGUGCAAAAGCCAUGGAUCCCCAUAAAAGCCUGGAGGAGGUGUUCAAAACAAAGUUGAAAGAGAACCGGAACAAUGACCGUAAAAGAGCCAAAGAGUAUAAGAAAGAAUUGGAGGAAAUGAAGAAGAGAAUACAAACAAGGCCCUAUCUCUUCGAACAAGUUACUAAGGAUCUUGCCAGGAAAGAAGCAGAACAACGAUAUCGAAACACCCUGAAGCAGGCUGGGCUGGAGGAAGACUUUGUGAGGAACAAGGGUCAAGGAACCCGGGCUGUACAGUGCAACAUCUGUGAAACUACGCAACUCAGCAUCAGGGAUCCACAGCAGGACUUAGAAGAAUCUCCAGAACAGCCCUCAAACCCCGAGAAGGAACUGGAGGAGCUAUCUUAUGAAUCACUGGACAAUCUCAAAUCAUUGGCUUAAUCAGUACACAAAAGUAAUGCUAUUGAACAAUGUUAAGCAGCUAACUUGGGGAUGAGUCAAGGCAGGCAAAAGUUCGGUUUUGAGUCAAGGUUACCGUUAGAGAACGGGGAAAAGAGCAGCAGCAGAUAACAUGGAAUGGUUCUAGGAAAUCACAGAGGAGGGAUCAUAGCCCAAACCUAAGGGUUCUUGCUUUGUGCCUAACAUUUAGAGUACAGGUAUAAACAAAGAGCACAAGCCCAGAUGCCGAUAGGGGCUGUCAGGAAACAUAAAUGAGUCAAAUGGGGAAGGUGUAAAAUAGUAGGAGAAAGUAGAGACUGGAGAGUACAAAACCCUGCUGCAAUAGAGGCCCAGAAUUGCCAUAUCAACCACAUUUUCAUCAGAAACCAGAAAUUUGCAUGUUGGCAACUAAUUUAAAAUUUAGAAAUAUUGUAGUUGAAAUAAAAACAUGUAUAUAUCAGAUUUAGCCCAUGAGAGAUGGCAAAUUUGCAAUCUCUAUUACAAGAUUUCUUUUUUGGGGGGCACUGGCCUGUACGGGGAUCCAAACCCUUGACCUUGGUGUUAUAACAGCACACACUAACCGACUGAGCUAACCAGCCAGCUCAGGGUUUCCUAUCCUUAGUACCAUUGAUAUUUUGGGCCAGAUAAUUCUUUGUUGGGGGUUGGAGGAGGGAGCUGUCCUGUAUAUUACAAGAUGUUUAGCAGCAUCCCUGGCCACUAAAUGCCAGUAGCACUCCUCUCCCCAGUUGUGACAAACAAACAAAAAAUAUCUCCAGAUAAUGCCAAAUUGUCCCUGGCGGCCGGAUCAAAAAUGUCCCUAGUUGGGAACUACUGCUUUAGUAUAAAAGUAAGACUGCAGGAAGUGAAAACUGGUAUUUUAAGAAUUUAAGUAAUUGUCAUGAGUUCAGUCUACAUAGUACAGGAUGAUUAUGCAUGUCAUUAGCAAAUUAAGAACCAUAAUUGCUUAAAACAGCAUUUAAUUCUUUCCUGUUAUCUGUCUAGAAUGUGCUGUGUGCGUGUAUUUGUGUCAGCAUGAUAUUCAUCUUAAAUAAAUUUAAAACUUCUCUGAUAGCCAUGAUUUUCUAUCAGUAGGUGAUCUUUGUAAUACUUUUCUUCUCACCAAUAAUAAUAGGAUAUUCUCUCUCAGUAGCUGCAGAGACAGGAUGUCAUCAAGAGUGUUUGCUCUGGGCCAGCCCCGUGGCUCACUCAGGAGAGUGCAGCGCUGGUAGCACUGAGGCCACAGGUUUGGGUCCUGUGUACGGAUGGCCGGUGCGCUCACUGGCUGAGCGUGGUACGGACGCAAAAAAAAAAUAAAAAUAAAAAUAAAAAAGAGUGCCUGCUCUAACAGAAGCACCCUUCUUUUUUUUUUUUUUUUUUUUUUAAAGAUGACCGGUAAGGGGAUCUCAACCCUUGGCUUGGUAUUGUCAGCACCACACUCAGCCAGUGAGUCAACUGGCCAUCCCUAUAUAGGAUCCGAACCUGUGGCCUUGGUGUUAUCAGCACCGCACUCUCCUGAGUGAGCCACAGGCCGGCCCAGAAGCACCUAUCUUGUGUUUUGUUUUGUUUUUUUAACCACCUUUCUGGAAAAAUUCAAAACUACCUGAUAUUGCCAUUUUCCCAGAUUCAAACAUGGUCUUUUCUGGUGGUGACAGAGUGAUACUAUGAUACCUACCAUCUGGGUUUGCUAGUUAGAAAUGAAGAUGCUCAUAUCAUGACUUCUCAGUUCAGUUUUACCUCCAUGGAAUACUAAGAAAAAUCAAUACCCGAUC